UAAUUUAUGCCAAAAAAUAUUUUUAACAAUCAUGGAACGUUUCAAUAGGUUAAUGAUAAAUGAAGAGGAGUAUGUUCUUCUCCGUGCAAUAAUUUUUUCACAUUUUGUUACAAAUGGUUUAACACUUAAUGGCCAAAAAAUAAUGCUGGAUGAGGCAGAGAAAUAUUCAAAAAUAUUAAUGAAAUUAUUACAAGUUUGUAAUAAAAGGAUUUUUUAA